AUGGGCAGUGGAGGUGGUGGAAGUAUGAACUGGGAUGGCUCUUCCCAGAUUUCCAAGUCUGUUAAAGGUUCAGGGAGGUGGGGGAAGAAGAGCAGCAGAGAGGAGAAGGGAGUGUGGGGGGAGAGGAGUGUUGGGAUGGAGAAGAAGAGGGUGAUGGUGGUGGUAGACCAAAGUGGCGAGGCUAAGGAAGCCAUGAUGUGGGCAUUGACUCAUGUGGCUAACAAAGGGGACCUCCUCACUCUCCUCCAUGUCCUGCCUCCCCACAACCCUCACAGGGAUGGAGACUCUGAUCUGCACAACCUUGCAUGGUCGCUUGGCGCACAGUGCAAAUCCUGCAAGCCUGAGGUGGAAGUGGAGGUGCUUGUAGUGGAAGGACCAAAGUUGCAAACUGUUCUAAGCCAAGUCAGGAAGCUGGAAACAUCUGUUCUAGUAUUGAGCCAGUGCAAACCCUCCCUUUUCUGUUGGUACACAACUCUUGCCCCACAAUUACAACAACAAAUCUUUUCCCUGCAAACAAAGAGCCCUUUUAGAGCAAAGUCUUCAAUUUGUGUAAGACAAACAGUGAAGACUUCGUAGAGCAGUGCAUUGAUGAAGCUCAGUGCCUCACGAUGGCUGUGAGGAAGCAAAGCAUGGGAGUGGGUGGAUACCUGGUCAGCACAAGAUGGAAGAAGAACUUCUGGCUCCUGGCCUGAUGAAAACAAGUCAUGGCACAUCCUUCUCAAAGUUGCCUAACAAUCUUAGCAUUGCUGUAAGAUUAACUACUAUAAUAGUUGUAGUCCCAGAACCAAGCCAACAGUUAAAAUCUAGUGUGUAUGUCUAUCGAUUUGGAGUAUCCAUUGAUGGAAGAUAACAAGUUAAUAAUCAA